ACCGGCGCCGGGGUGGAAUUCAUAACGGGAUAUUUAACCAUCUUCGUGGGGCGGCUGUCCGCGUCCCCGUAGCCGCAUUCCGUCGCAUCCGUCCGGCUGAAAACAAAUGCGCAAACGCGUCUUUUUAAUCUCCUAAUCGACAGCCCCUUUGCGCUCCUUGAGUCCUCCUCCUUCUCUCUCUCCUCCUCUCUCCUCUUGACUACAUCUCCUGCUGGAUGAUUUCAUUUUGUAAAGUCAUUAUCCCCAGAAAGGUCAAAGCCUCUGCUUCUAGGAACUGAAUUACAACGGGAUAAGGCGACUUUUCACCCCCCAGCGAAAGUCAAAGUUUUCUGCUGGUGUAGAACCGAGCGACGGAUUGGUCCGGAGCAGGCUUCCUUUCGCCGAUCACUUUUCCCCUCUUCUCGGAUCCCUGAGUGUGUACUAGUGUUUUUGGAGUGCUGUGUUUUUUUUUGCUCUCAGCGGAGUUGCUAUUGAACCCUGACAAACAGUGAAAUGAGUUUACAUGAUCGGCAGUUAAGAGCCACCGAGAUUGCGCCAGAGAAUGGGAAAUACUGAGUUAAACUUUAUCUGCUGUUCCAAACCGCGGUGCUCGGGGGGCGUUGAGGUGAUGCAGGUCCCCCGAUCAUCCCAGUGGAGGAGCCAGCUGACGACGAGUGGCUUUGGCUGCUGAACGCCCCCCUCCCAACCAUCACCACCCUCAUCCCUCCCUCGCUCCCUCCAUCUCUGAUGGCUCUAUGGGGCGUCGUCAGCCUCAGCCUUCACUGCUGGGUGUGUUUACGGUCUGUGGUAACGGCAGCAGCAGCAACAGCCAGCCUCCCCAAUGACAAGCCCGGGGGCCCCCUGGACUGGCUCCUGUCUGAUAAAGGACCUUUCCACCACUCCCCAGAGUACAUCGACUUUGUGGAGAAGAACCGGCAAGGCUUCUCCACCAGAUACAAAAUAUACAGGGAGUUUGGGAGAUGGAAGGUGAACAACUUGGCAGUGGAAAGGAGGGAUUUCUUAGAGUCUUCGUUACCUCUGACUCCUGAGUUCAUCAAGAACAUUAGACUCCUGGGCCGCCGGCCCACCACCCAGAUGAUCACUGACAACCUCAUCAGGAAGUAUGGGACUCACUUCCUGUUGUCAGCUACACUGGGAGGAGAAGAGGCCUUAACGAUAUUUGUGGACAAGAGGAAACUGAGUAAGAAAGCAGAGGUGAGCGAUUACUCGGGUAACUCCUCCACUGUGACUCUGGAAGCUCUGCACCAGCUGGCUGCCUCCUACUUCAUCGACAGGGAGAGCACUCUGCGCAAGCUGCACCACAUCCAGAUCGCCUCCACUGCCAUCAAGGUGACAGAGACCCGCACAGGUCCUCUGGGAUGCAGUAACUAUGACAACCUCGACUCUGUUAGCUCUGUGUUGGUUCAGAGCCCUGAAAAUAAAGUCCAGCUGCAAGGCUUGCAGGUGAUCCUCCCAGACUACUUAAGAGAGGGCUUUGUGCAGGCUGCUCUCAGCUACAUCGCCUGUAAUGGAGAGGGGGAGUUUGUCUGUAAGGACAACGACUGCUGGUGCCACUGUGACCCCAAGUUCCCAGAGUGCAACUGUCCCUAUAUGGACAUCCAAGCCAUGGAAGAGAGCCUGGAGAGGAUCACAGAGACCUGGGGGAUGCUCUAUAAAGAGUUUGAGGAAUCAGAUGAAUUCAAGGCAUUUUAUUCAAGGCUGCCACAGAACUAUUUCCUGAAUGUGUCAAGCAUCCAACACUUGUGGUCAAUGGACAACUUGUUCCAGUGGAGAUAUGAGCAGCUUGAGAACAGCAUGCGGGUCCUCUCCAGAAGAGCCCAGAGAGUCAUCUUCAAGCUCUUCAGCCUCAGUAAAAGAUGUCACCGACAGCCCCAAGUCCGCCUACCAAGAGAACGGCCUCAAUCCUACUGGCUGAGUCAUUUGCAGUCUCUCCUGUAUUGCUCAGAGAAUAACCAGAUUGGUACAUUCUCUGAGGAGCUCCACAGCUGCAGCUGCCGGUAUGAACACAGCCCCUGUCAGCUCCCGCCGCCCUGCUUGAUUGGGGAAGGCUCAGCCUGCGCAACAUGUGCGCCAGACAACCACACCCGCUGUGGGAGCUGCAACCCAGGCUUCGCCCUGACACAGGGGGCAUGCAGGUCCAUGGUGGCAGAUUCUACAGAAAACUACCUGGGAUUCGAGACGGACCUCCAGGAUUUGGAGCUGGGCUACCUACUGCAGAGAUCUGACCGCAGACUAGAGGUCCAUGCAAUAUUCAUCAGCAAUGACAUGCGACUCAACAGCUGGUUUGAUCCAUCGUGGAGAAAGAGGAUGCUGCUGACGCUGAAGAGCAACAAGUACAAAGCCAACAUGGUCCACAUGCUGCUGGGAGUAUCCCUCCAGAUCUGCCUUACAAAGAACAGCACCCUGGAGCCUGUCCUUACUCUAUACAUCAACCCCUUUGGAGGGAGCCACUCAGAGAGCUGGUACAUCCCUGUCAAUGAGAACAGUUUCCCAGACUGGCAGGCCACCAAGCUGGACCUGCCCUUCGAGUGCUAUAACUGGACUCUGACACUGGGCAACAAGUGGAAGACGUUCUUUGAAACUAUCCAUAUCUACCUUCGGAGCAGGAUAAAGACUCAAGAUGGAGUGAAUGACAGCAUAUAUUACGAGCCCUUAGAAGUGACGGAUCCUGCUCGGAACCUGGGCUACAUGAAAAUCAACAGCAUUCAGGUCUUUGGCUACAGCAUGCACUUUGACCCGGAGGCGAUCCGUGACUUGAUUCUGCAGCUGGACUACCCAUACACCCAAGGUUCCCAGGACACUGCCAUGCUUCAGCUCUUGGAAAUACGAGACCGGGUGAACCGGCUGUCCCCUCCGGGUCAACAGAGGUUGGACUUGUUUGCUUGUCUUCUGCGGCACCGGCUCAAACUGACUGCCAGCGAAGUGGUUCGCAUUCAUGCCUCCUUACAGGCCUUCAGCUCACGUCUGCCCAAUUCGAUGGAUUACGAGACCACCAAGUUGUGCAGUUAACAGCUACUUGAAGGGAUAGCCGGACUGUACAUGGCCUGAAGGGGAACUCCUGGACAUUAGGAUGGUGCCCAAUGUGGUGCUGAUGCUUACAGUCGUGCUCCGUCUCUUUGGAUUACCAAACUGUAUGGUAAAUCAGGAGAAUACCAGCUGUGGACAGCUGAAGAAUGUACUCAUCUGGUUGUUUUGGUUUCUGUUUUGUGGCAACUACCUGCCGUGCUAUAUCAUAAAGAAUGAGGUGGAUCAGCAAGAAAACGCACAACUGUUUCACAAGAACGAACCUUUCAACAAAAGAAUUCAACAGUAGAAAGUCAAAUACCGCGACAUGAAAGUUGAACCAUCCUGUUUCAAUAUGACUCUGCUCAUUUAUACUGUAAGUACCAGUGCCAAAUGAAUGGACAUUUUAUGGCAAAAUGGUACAGUAUGUUUGUUUGUAACUUUUAUAUGUUCCUUUGCUUCAGUGACAGUGCACUUUCCAUAAAGACCAGAAUACAGUGGUGUCAGUCAAGAUUUUGUAGAUAAAUUGAUAUUAAAACAUCAUGUUAUAACAGAUUCCAGCUGUUUGAAUAUUUUUCAUGAUACUUUUAACAACCUUUCUUCGUAUUCUAAAAUACACAAAUUAGAGGCGGGGUAAACUAGUUGGAUUAAGUAAUUGUAACAUCCACACAGGUUACUUCCAUGUGCACAUUACAGCGCAACUGUCAUUGCUAGUUACAGACUGAUGCAGUCGUCAUUGUCAUGCUCAGUGCCCAUUUGUGUUCUGUAGGCAUGUUGGUCUUAAAAUGAAGUGUAGUAAGGCACACUGUUGGCACAACAACAAAAAAACUGGUCUAAAGUCAAUGAUGCAGUAUUUCCUGCUUUUCAAGAUUCCCAAUGCACUCUGCUUGUUACGCACACAGGAAUGUGCAGCAGCUCUCCUCCUCAGUUAAAUAGGUUAUUGGUGCAUUCGCUCAUAUGCAGUCAAAUGGAGUUGUAGGUGGUCUGCUUGUACUCUUUUACUUUGUGCACAAGCAGAAUCAUUUCCUAAGCAGAAAACUGUUCGCUUCUCCAAUCUGCUGAAUCUGCCAUUUGUAUAGCAAUGUAGCAGGUGCAGGCACACCUGGCUGUUGAAGUUAAUGUAAGAUUCCACUCUGAUUGGUUUAAUUAUUUCACACUUGUGAUUUAUUAAGAGUUGAAAUACAACCCUUUUGCCCCUUUGCCUUUACUGUGCACUCAUAUUAUGCACAGUUAAACUUGCAAAACACACCCUAAACGCACUUGUGCUAUGUCCUUUAGACCAUGCAUUAUAUACUGUUUAAAUGUGGACAUGCACAGAAAGUCUGAUUAAAGAAGCUGUCUUUUACUCCAUUCAAACUAACAAGGUAACAGGUUCUACAUGUAGUCCUUAAAACAAACUGCCAUUUAUCUUUUUAGGGUUACUGUCAUAAUGAGAUUAAGGUGAGUACAAUAAAUAUCCUCCCUUUUUCUGUGUUGGUAGUGUUUAAUCUACUGAAAAUGAAGACUACAUUUCCUAUGGACACUAUUUGUUUCCACAGGAGCCUAUUUGUUCCCCCUCUCUUUAAGAACAAACAAUUAAGUUAAACACUAUGUAAUCCAGUGAGGCAAACUAUUGUGAAAUUGCAACUAUACAGUUUUAAUAGUAAAGAGACGUGUAUUACUUACAGUUUUACUUGCUUGCAGUUUUCCUCAGUAAAGCUGAAAAGCCAUGAAGCUCAUUCGCUAUCAGUUCAAAUGCAGUGGAGCAUAACACAACAUGCAGAGUGGAAGUGAAUAAAGGUCAGGGUCCGCUACAGUGAGACUGUCCUCCCCUGAAAGUGGACCCCAUGUGUUGUUUGUACAAAACCUAAUUACGACCCAUAUGUACGUGCCCUCUAGUACCCGUAGUAAUUAUGAACGGCGCCAAAUGACAUUGCAGAGUGUGAAAGCAAAAGGGGGAAGCAAGACAACUGAGUAUAAAGCACAAACAACAAAACAAACCUAGGACUUUUACCCAGCGUGUAGAUAAUGUUUUUUAAAGUAGCAUCACUUAAUAUCUAUGCUUCACAAUUUCAUGUCAACAUCUACCUUUUAAAGCCUAAUUUCCACCGGCCGCGUAACGGCUGCGUCGCGGUCACCGGAUCUGAUCGCUGCUACUCUAAUCAAUGAGACCAUUUCCAUCAGCAUCGCCCCAGCCGUGCCUCUCCGCUCUGCAGCGCCAUCAAUCCAUAGCAUUUCUAUUUUUGAUGCGAGCCGUUGCUAAAUCGCAUGAAGCUUAAUAGAGCAGAUUGCACCAGACAGGAAAUCUAACAAUACACUUCCGCCUCCUUUCGAAACACAAUACUCAGUUCAUGUAGCCUAAAACUACUUCACAUCAACAUUACGUUAUGAACGGGUUUACCAGAUCAGCAAUCAAUCAAUCAAAGUGUCUCAGAGGGUGGGUGACAUGGAUGACGAGAGACUGAUUGUUGAAGUGGAACAGCAUACAAUCAUUUAUGACAUAACACAUUCUUUCUAUAGAAUAGAAGAUAUAUAGAUGGCCAGAUCAACAGAUCUUCCAUGUCGGAGAACCAAAGUAAGCUGUUUACGCACAGUUUAUCACAGGAUCUCGCGGUCUCCCAUAGGUUCAGGAUUAUCGCGUGUUCUCGUGAUCUCGUAGUAUUCGGCUGGCUCACUACGAUGGCGUUACGAGCCCGGUGGGGAUUGAUGCCAGGCAGAGGAUGGAGCAAAACCGCAGCGCAGCCGGUACACGGCCACUACGUCCCUGGUGGAAAUCCCCAGUAACACCUAACCAUAUAUGUUUUUUGUCCUGAGAUAAUUAGUUUUGUUGCCUAAAUGAAACUGCAACAAACAUACAUUUACGUAUGAGGACAUGUUGAUCUCCCUGCGAGCGUAAAGUCGUUUAUUUAUGAACUGUGGGUGGUAUUUAAGGGCAGGAACAAAUGACAUAUGAGGUGGUAUAGUUUGGAGGACUUGUUGGAUACAAAACAUGAUGAGAGUCCAGGUUCCAGAGUAUUUUGCUAGUAACAUUACACUGAUUGUGUUGUAGCCACCUUUCCCAGCUUCUGUGAUAAAAAUGGACACCUUGCAUUCUAAUCAGUGCAGCUGACUUCAGCUGUAUUGUAGCUCGUUCUUCACUCACGCUACAUAACUGCGACCUCAAGCCUUUCCCCAACGCUUUAAAGAUUUUUUUUUUUUUAAUAACUAAGACAAACAGAUAAUGCUUGUGUAUUGGGCUUUGAGCUCUGUCAAACAUGUCUUGAGUGCACAGCAGUGCUGGGGCUGAACAGAUUCAGUGUAGACACUGACAGAGGACAGCAGCUGCUGCUAUUGUUCUGCUGAUGAGCUUCUUCUGUUGCAUGGCCAGUUUAGACAAGGUGAUGGGACCAAAUACCAAUUAAGCUCAGGCAGCACACAGC